UUCUUAUCCAAUGCCUUUCACUUCUUCCUUUUCUAACUUUAUGCUUCUCAAAGUUUCAUACUUUCAUGUCUCUGGUGAUUACUCAUUGCACCAGAAUUCAUCCUAGGAUUUGUUCUUACCCAGAAUGUUUUUAGAUUCUAUGCUUGUUUCAUUGAAUUUCAAUUCCCCCCUUCCCAUUAUCUGUAAUGAUACUGUGCUAAGAGAUUUCAUUUCCUUGAUUUAACCUUAACCCUCCUUUGAUCCUUUCCCCAGUCCUAUAAAGCUGCCUGGUUAUUUUGUUUAUAGUUUGAGUCCUGCAAGAUAUUACCUUCUGGUACAUUAGUUCUUCCAAUUUAAUACAAAAUGGGAGAUGUUUUGGAAUGUUCAAAAGAACAAGGUAAAAAGAAACAUAAGACGCGGCAAAACGACAGUGCAAGAAAGGAAAAUUAUGUUCAUGUGAGGGCUAAAAGAGGCCAGGCAACAAACAGUCACAGCCUUGCAGAAAGGGUGAGGAGAGAAAAGAUCAGUGAAAGAAUGAGACUGCUUCAAGAACUAGUCCCAGGCUGCAAUAAGAUUGCUGGGAAAGCGGUGAUGCUCGACAAGAUUAUCAAGUAUGUGCAGUCACUCCAGCAACAGGUUGAGUUCCUGUCAAUGAAGCUUGCAACUGUGAAUCCAGAGAUGAAUCUUGAUGUUGAACAGAUAUUGCCCAAAGAUAUCUUUCUGCCAGGAUUGAAUAUUCCCCACAGAUCUUUCACUUGCAUCCCAGGCUCAACCCCAUUGCAUGCUUUACCUCAGAAUGUAUGGGACAAUGACCUGCAGAGUAUUCUCCAAAAGGGAUUUGAUUCCAUGAGUAAUAGGGGACCAAAUGAUAGGUGACAAAUAUGAUUUAGCUUGUUUAGUAAUAAAGAUGAAAUACUUAUCAAAAGGUGCUGAUUAAAAUGAAAUGAAGUUAAGUCGUUUAAGUAUAAGGUUGGAUUUAAAACCAUGAAAUUAAAGUUGUAUAUGUUGUUUUUGCU